GAAGAGAAGAGGAGGCGGCAGCUGAGGACUAGAGUGGGGUGGAAAGGAAGAGAGAAGGAGAGCAAGUUGAGGGGAGGGGGUGUAAGAGCCGGCGAAUUCUUUUUCCUUUUCUGUUAUUAUUUUGACGACUCUAGAGUUGCGUCCAUGCUCUUGUCAGCUUUGUUUUAGGCGUAGCAUGGCCAGGCAGAAGAAAAUGGGGCAAAGCGUGCUCCGGGCGAUCUUCUUUUUAGUCCUGGGGCUUUUGGGUCAUUCUCACGGAGGAUUCCCCAACACCAUCAGCAUAGGUGGACUUUUCAUGAGAAACACAGUGCAGGAGCACAGCGCUUUCCGCUUUGCCGUGCAGUUAUACAACACCAACCAGAAUACCACCGAGAAGCCAUUCCAUUUGAAUUACCACGUAGAUCACUUGGAUUCCUCUAAUAGUUUUUCUGUGACUAAUGCUUUCUGCUCCCAGUUCUCCAGAGGGGUGUAUGCCAUCUUUGGAUUCUAUGACCAGAUGUCCAUGAACACCCUGACCUCCUUCUGUGGGGCCCUGCACACAUCCUUUGUCACACCCAGCUUCCCCACUGAUGCAGAUGUACAGUUUGUCAUCCAGAUGCGCCCAGGCUUGAAGGGCGCUAUUCUGAGUCUUCUGAGUCACUACAAAUGGGAGAAGUUUGUGUACCUCUACGACACAGAAAGAGGAUUUUCCAUCCUCCAAGCGAUUAUGGAAGCAGCAGUGCAAAACAACUGGCAAGUGACAGCAAGGUCGGUGGGAAACAUAAAGGACGUCCAAGAAUUCAGGCGAAUUAUUGAAGAAAUGGACAGGAGGCAGGAAAAGCGAUACUUGAUUGACUGCGAAGUCAAAAGGAUUAACACAAUUUUGGAACAGGUCAUGAUCCUGGGGAAACACUCAAGAGGCUAUCACUACAUGCUUGCUAACCUGGGUUUUACCGAUAUUUUGCUGGAAAGAGUCAUGCAUGGGGGAGCCAACAUUACAGGAUUCCAGAUAGUCAACAAUGAAAACCCUAUGGUUCAGCAGUUCAUACAACGCUGGGUGAGGCUGGAUGAAAGGGAGUUCCCUGAAGCCAAGAAUGCACCACUAAAGUAUACAUCAGCACUGACACAUGAUGCAAUACUGGUCAUAGCAGAAGCUUUUCGCUAUCUGAGGAGACAGAGAGUGGAUGUGUCCCGGAGAGGCAGUGCUGGAGACUGCUUAGCAAAUCCUGCUGUACCCUGGAGUCAAGGAAUUGACAUUGAGAGAGCUCUGAAAAUGAGGUCCAAAAUUGCUGUCUAUGAGAAAAUGUGGUCUUACAUGAAAUCAGCAGAGCCAUCUGUUUUUACCAAAACAACAGCAGAUGGAGUGGCCCGAGUGCGGAAGUCCAAAGGAAAGUUCGCCUUCCUGCUGGAGUCAACCAUGAAUGAGUACAUUGAGCAGAGAAAACCGUGUGAUACCAUGAAAGUUGGUGGAAAUCUGGAUUCCAAAGGCUAUGGUGUGGCAACCCCUAAAGGCUCAGCAUUAAGAAAUGCUGUUAACCUGGCAGUAUUAAAACUGAAUGAGCAAGGCCUCUUGGACAAAUUGAAAAACAAAUGGUGGUACGACAAAGGAGAGUGCGGCAGCGGGGGCGGUGACUCCAAGAACGCCUGUAAACCUUGCAGUAUUGAAACUCAGUGAACAAGGCAUCUUAGACAAGCUGAAAAACAAAUGGUGGUACGAUAAGGGGGAAUGUGGAGCCAAGGACUCCGGGAGUAAGGUCA